GAGCCGGUUUCACGGUUUCUAUUCAAUUAUUAUUCCAAUCGUCCCUCUCUCACUCCCUCUCUCAGCGUCCAUGAAUCCAUCGUGCCGGCCUCAACUCAACUCCCUCUGAUUGUUUCUUUUGGAUGAUUUGUUUAUAAAAUCAGUCAAUAGUUGCUGCCCAAUCUCUCUUAGACUACUCUCUCUUUGGAAAUCUUUGCUGGGUUUCCUAUUUUAUUUGUCUCUGUGUUGAAACUAGACUGGAUGAAUGCUGUGAUCACUCUUCUUUUUAGAUAACAUAGGAAAUGGCUUCCAGGUCUUCCUCUAAUAGGUCCGACAGACAACCGCAUCAUCAUGUUCCUCUUUCCGGUCGGACCAAGCCCACCUCCGCUUCCAGACGCUCUGUCACGCCAACUUCCCGAGCUCACUCUUUUCAAGCCGACGAAGAUCCUGGAAGGGUCAGAGUUGCUGUCAGACUUCGACCAAAAAAUGACGAAGAUGUACUUUCAGAUGAUGAUUUUUCUGAUUGUGUUGAGUUACAACCUGAGCUGAAGCGGUUAAAGUUGAGGAAGAAUAACUGGAGUUCUGAGUCUUACAGAUUUGAUGAAGUUUUUACAGAAACUGCCUCUCAAAAGCGUGUUUAUGAAGUGGUUGCAAAACCAGUAGUUGAGAGUGUCUUGAAUGGAUAUAAUGGGACAAUUAUGGCUUACGGUCAAACAGGUACCGGUAAAACUUACACACUCGGAAAACUGGGCAAGGGUGAUGCAGCUGGGCGAGGUAUUAUGCUUAGAGCCCUUGAAGACAUUAUUGGCAAUAUAUCCACUUCUUCUGAUACUAUCGAGGUAUCCUAUUUUCAGCUGUAUAAGGAAUCUAUACAAGAUUUGCUUGCACCAGAAAAGACUAAUAUUCCUAUUAAUGAGGACCCGAAGACUGGUGAAGUGUCAUUGCCUGGUGCCACGGUUGUUAAAAUUCAAGAUCUUGAUAAUUUUCUACAGCUACUGCAAGUCGGUGAGGGAAACCGUCAUGCAGCUAAUACAAAGAUGAAUACGGAAUCUUCUCGUAGUCAUGCAAUUUUAAUGGUUCAUAUUCGAAGAGCUGUCAAUGAAAAAGUAAAUUUUGGGAUAAAUUCUCAAGAGAAGGGGAGUAUAAGUGAUUUAUUUGAUGGCAAAGACAUACCUAUUGUCCGGAAAAGCAAGUUGCUGAUUGUGGAUCUCGCUGGAUCUGAAAGGAUUGACAAAUCUGGAAGUGAAGGCGUACUGCUUGAAGAGGCUAAGUUUAUUAAUCUUUCUCUUAGUUCUCUUGGAAAAUGUAUAAAUGCAUUGGCUGAAAACAGCCCACAUAUACCUACUAGGGAUUCAAAACUGACAAGAUUGCUUCGUGACUCAUUUGGAGGCACAGCAAGGACUUCACUUAUAAUAACAAUUGGGCCAUCUGCACGACACCAUGCAGAGACAGCUAGCACAAUAAUGUUUGGACAGCGGGCAAUGAGAAUAGUAAACACUGUAAAGGUCAAAGAAGAAUUUGAUUAUGAAAGUUUAUGCCGGAAGCUUGAGAACCAAGUAGACAAUCUAACUGCUGAAAUCGAAAGGCAACAAAAGUUGAGAGACGAUGACAAGUACGAAUUGGAAAAACAGCUCAGAGAGUGUCGGGAAAAUUUUGCUGAAGCAAAUAAAAUUAUAGUCACAAAGUCUGAGUUUUUGGAAAAGGAAAAUAUUCAUUUGGAAUCGGAGAUGAAACGCAACAUAAAUGAAUUGAACUAUCAGAAAGAUCUUAACAAUUUGAUGCAAGAAAAAGUUGCACACCUAGAAAUGAAUUUAAGAAAUAGCAAGCAACAACAACUUGAAAAGGCUACGUAUCAGAAAGUACUGGCUGAUACCACUCAGAUGUAUGAGAAGAAGAUAUCAGAGUUGAUUAAACAGAUAGAAGAUGAACGUGCACAGUCUGAAAGUGUGGAGGAACAAUUAGACUUGAUGAAGAAGCUCCUGAGUGAGAGUCAAAAGUCAAUUCAGAAUCAUCACAUGGAAAAUUCUAGGCAUCAGAAGGCCCUUGCGGACACCACUCAGAUUUAUGAAAAGAAAAUAGCAGAGCUAGUUAAGCAGUUACAGGAUGAGCAUGCCCAUUUUGAAGUUGCAGAGGAACAAUUAGACUUGGCAAAGAGGCUCCUAAGUGAUCAUCAAAAGACAAUACAGGGGCAGAAAGAGAUUGAUGAACUCGAGUUGAAGUUUCAAGAAAUGUAUCAGCUACAAGAAAAUACUUUACAUGAGCUACAGUUAUUGAAAUCAGAGAAUAAAGACCUAUUGGAAGAGAAGGCAACUCUAAAUGAAAAACUUGAUUCUGUGAGUCAAAGACUUUCAGAGGAAGAGAAGCAGAGGAAGGCUAUUGAAAAUGAGAUGGUUAAACUAAAGAGGGCUGUACCUGAAAAUGAUAAUGAUUUUGAGGACAAGACAUCUUAUGCAAAGGAAGAUAUAAAUAAACAAUCUUCAGAAUUUGGGAACCGAACAGGUUCAUACAGGUCAAAUCAAUUAAGAGGGACUCUCUCUGGUCAGAGGGCCACAAUUGCAAAGAUAUGUGAAGAAGUUGGGCUUCAAAAGAUUUUACAAUUAUUAGCAUCUGAAGACUCAGACGUACAAAUUCAUGGUGUGAAGGUGGUUGCCAAUCUGGCUGCUGAAGACAUUAAUCAGAAGAGGAUUGUAGACGAAGGAGGUUUAGAUGCUUUGCUUAUGCUGUUGCGCUCAUCAGAAAAUACAACUAUUCUUAGAGUGGCUUCUGGGGCCAUAGCCAAUUUGGCAAUGAAUGAACAGAAUCAAGGCUUGGUAAUUGACAAAGGAGGUGCUCAGCUACUUGCAAAGACAGCAUCUAAAACAGAUGAUCCACAAACUUUACGAAUGGUUGCUGGUGCACUUGCCAAUUUAUGUGGAAAUGAAAAGCUACUCUUGUUGCUGAAAGAAGAUGGAGGCGUCAAGGCACUUCUGGGAAUGGUUAGAUCUGGGAGCAGUGAUGUCAUUGCACAGGUUGCUAGAGGACUUGCUAACUUUGCAAAAUGUGAAUCACGAGGAAUUAUUCAAGCAGGACAUAGAACAGGCCGUUCGCUUCUAAUGGAUGAUGGCGCACUUGCAUGGUUAAUUGCCAACUCCAAUACAGCUUCAGCUUCAACCCGACGCCAUAUCGAGCUUGCUCUUUGCCAUUUAGCCCAAAAUGAGGACAACGCCAAGGACUUUAUAUCCGGUGGAGGGGUGAAAGUGCUUUUUGGAAUAUCGGAGUCGUCCAGUAGAGAAGAUAUCCGCAACCUUGCAAAGAAGUCACUCAGGCUGAAUUCGUCGCUUCAAGCUGAGAUGCAUAUGCAAUGGUAGCACAAUGUAUAGAAAAUCCAGUAUUAUAAUCUCGCAUUCCUUUUAUCUUGACUAUGUAUAUACAGAACGCAGUGUAAAAAACUGCAGCUCGAUCGUAUGGUAUCCUGUUUUUCCAUAAUUUGUUUGCGCUUGCUACUCGCGAGAGCUAAUCGAUUGGCCAAUAUAGAAAAUUUUUCUAUAGCAACAAAUAUUAAAUACUCUUAGAAUAAAGAUGAU